CUCAGAUUUCAGACACUCAUAUCCUAGCAAAAUAGGAAAUCUAGGAAAGGGUAAUUUACAGCAAAAAGUUGCAGAUGAAGAUCACAAGAUUUCAGCCUUACCCAGGGUAGCGUGCAUCUAUACUCGUAGAAACCGCUAUAUAGCAGAUCUGUAGCGGAGGCAGAAGCAAACCACAAAUUAGCAUGUAAAGUUUAUAAUUUAAAGUAUCAGUUUCAGCAAUGGGACUUCCUAGGUUGAUUGCCAAACUUAGCAAUAUGAAGUCGGUCUCAAGCUCAACGUUUGAUGAAGACAAGAACACAAAUUGGCACUCAUAUGACUCAUGGCUAGAAAAGCACCCUUCUGCUUUGGACAAAUUCCAGAAGAUGAUGCAUGGAGCUGAGAGCAAAAAGAUAGUUGUGUUUUUGGAUUACGAUGGAACCCUUUCACCAAUUGUUAAUGACCCUGAUGUUGCCUUUAUGACUGACAAGAUGCGUGCUGUGGUGCAUGAAGUUGGCUGUUGUUUCCCAACUUCAAUAAUCAGUGGAAGGAGCAGAGAAAAGGUAUAUGAAUUUGUCGGAUUGGAUAAUAUAUACUAUGCUGGGAGUCAUGGGAUGGAUAUAAUGGCACCCUUGCAGCCAUUAAGGAUUAGAGAUUGGAAGCAUCAUGCAAAAGCAGUAGACCGAAAGGGAAACAAGCUUGUCAUCUAUCAACCAGCAACCAAGUACUUGCCUGAAAUGAAUCAGAUACAAAAGUCAUUAAAAGAAAAAACUGCAGCAGUUGAAGGCGUGAACAUUGAAGACAACAAGUUCUGCAUGUCUGUCCACUUCAGAAAUGUAUCAGAUCAGGACUUGGGCACAUUAGAAGAGAAAGUUAAGUCUGUACUGGAAGAACAUCCACACUUCCGGCUAACAAGAGGUAAAAAGGUCUUGGAAAUACGCCCACCGAUUGAAUGGGAUAAGGGUCAUGCUCUAGAAUAUUUACUUGAUAGCCUCGGGUUGGCUAGCUCCAACGAUGUUCUCCCAAUAUAUAUUGGUGAUGACACAAGUGAUGAAGAUGCCUUUGAGCUCAUACAUCGGAAAAGACAGGGUUAUUCCAUCAUCGUCACUUCCAUUCCAAGAGAAACAUGGGCAUCCUACUCUUUGUAUGACACAACAGAAGUCAUGCUAUUCUUAGAAUACUUAUCAAAGUGGAAGAGGAUCAGUUCAUCAAGCUAAUAGCAGAUUGUCCAGAAAGGACCAAGUAUGUGAACUGCCAUAAGGCUCAGCCACCAGACGACCAAGUCAGCCUGUUAGCCAAGAGAACUUGCUAUCACCUAUCGACAUACCCUAACAUCGAUAAUUUUACUACUUACAAGGCAAAAAUAGAUUGUGUACAUCAUCCAAUCAGGCAACAAACAAAAACUCCUCGGAAUGAUCUUUCAGCUUAUGAAGUGAAUUCCAUCAUUUCGCUCCAAAUUUUGGCAUCAAAAUUGAACAAGGAAUGAUUCAUAUAAAAAUCACCAGCUUGAUUUUCUUGUGUUAUAUCAACUUGUUCAUAAUAUAUGAUAAAUUUUGUGUAA